AUGAACGAAUCGACUCUUUCACUUCUUCUUCUUCCUCCUCCUCCUCCUCCUCCUCCUCCUCCAUCUCUUCUUCCUCCUGUUCUUCUUCUUCGUCUUUCAAGGAGUUCAAAUAUAGAAAUAAAAAUUCCCGUACAGGAAGUGUACUGCGGGAAAGAGAGCAUCUGCACAGUGGACGGUUUACACUUCAAUAGCGUGUACACAGCACGUGUUAAAGCAUACAACAGCACCGGCGAAGGACCUUAUAGCGAGACAGUAUCUAUACAGACGGCCGAAGUGGCGUGGUUUACCCUAGAUCCCAACGCAUCCCACCCGGAUGUUGUAUUAACAAACGACAAUCAGACAGUCACGACAGACAGCUACGAGCAUAGAGUUGUUCUAGGAAACAUCGCAUUCCUACGCGGGGUACACUAUUGGGAGGUGACCAUAGACAGAUAUGACAACAACGCCGAUCCUGCAUUCGGAGUAUGCAGAUAUGACGUGACGAAAGAAUUGAUGCUAGGUAAAGACGAAAAGGGUUGGAGCAUGUACAUCGAUCAUCAGCGCUCGUGGUUCCUGCACGCGGACGUUCAUCACACCAGAAUCGAAGGGGGUAUCGAAGCCGGAUCGGUUAUAGGUGUCCUGCUCGAUUUGGAACGACGACAGUUGUCCUUCUACGUAAACGACGAUCAUCAAGGACCCAUGGCAUUCAGUAAUCUGGAGGGUGUGUUCUUUCCUGCCGUCAGUAUCAAUCGCAACGUUCAAGUGACUGUUCAUACAGGGCUAGAUCCUCCUACUGACAGCGAACACGAGAGCGAAACAGGAGACGAUAAAGAUCCUACAGAAGAAUGAUCCUUUGUAUGAUGAAGUAGAUGGCUGUUAGAGAAUCGUGACGUGAUGUGUAGAUGUUAACACAGUUUCUUGUUGUUUAGAAGAAGAAAUAAUAAUGAUAAUGAUGAUGAUAAUAAUAAUAAUAAUAAUAAUAAAAGCAAACGUCCCUCCUUCGUUUAUU